CCCGGUUUGCGCGCGUGGCCGCUCCGGGGAGGGCGGCAACCCCCUGCGCCGCGCUGGGCGCUCCCCGCCCGGCUGCCGCGUUCUCAGGUGCGCUCGCCUCUCGCUUUGCUCCGCAGCGCCGCCGCCGCCUCCUUCCCGGAGCAGGGAGCAUGGCGGCGGCUCUGCUCAGCGAGCUGGAGAUCAAGCACCGCUCCAUGGCCGAGGAGGAUCCCAACGGCAACCAGCACGGGGCGGCGGCCCGCAGCAGCACCGUGCCUCGCUGGGGCCCGCAGCACGCCGGGGCCCGCCAGCUGGCCCAGCUCUACUCGCCCGGUAAACGGUUGCAAGAAUGGGUUUCUGUUAUCCUUUGCAUAAUCUUGGUCACAGUUGACUUUCUGCUCCUGUUAAUCCAUUUUUCAGCAAAUCAUCUUUAUAAAAUAAUAGCAGGUGUAGUUGCUGGAAUUAUUACAGCUGAUUUUGCCUCAGGCAUGGUUCACUGGGGAGCUGAUACCUGGGGUUCCGUUGAUAUCCCUGUCAUUGGCAAGGCAUUUAUCAGGCCAUUUAGAGAGCAUCAUAUUGAUCCAACAGCAAUAACCAGACAUGACUUCAUUGAGACCAAUGGAGAUAACUGUUUGAUAACCAUAAUUCCACUGGCCUUCAUGUUAUAUAAAUUCCUCUCUCAAACACCAGAAUAUAUACAUGAGACAUAUGCUUGGGAGUGCUUUAUGUUUGCGCUAGCUAUUUUUGUCACAAUGACUAAUCAGAUUCAUAAGUGGUCCCAUUCCUACUUUGGGCUGCCUCUAUGGGUCACAGUUUUGCAAGAUCUGCAUAUCAUUUUACCGAGGAACCACCACAGAAUCCAUCACGUAGCACCCCAUGAAACCUAUUUUUGCAUCACUACAGGCUGGCUAAAUUACCCCUUGGACAGAAUAGGAUUUUGGAGGAAAAUGGAAAAUAUUAUAGAAGCAUUAACAGGUCAGAAACCUCGAACUGAUGAUUUACAGUGGGCAUGGAAGAUGCAAUAAAGCACUCUUUAAAAAAAAAAAGAACUAAUAUGUCAUCUACAGGAAACAAGCAUCUCUUUAGCACAAUGGAUUUUAACCUCUGGCACAAUGAGUUUAUGAAAACUUUGAAAUUCUGCAGAGCAUUGUUUGCAAUGUCACAGAAGAAUUUUAUGAUUUGCCAGCUUGGAUAUCUUUAAGAGUUGAAACACAAUGAUAUUUGGAACAUACAACCAUUGAAUAUAAUUGCUAAUCUUACUUGGUUUUAAGAGACUAUUAUGCCUGAUGUUGUAUUUAUUAGAACGCCUGUAUCCUGUUACUGUGCUUAGGUGGAUACUCACAAUGCAUCUGACUUCAUAAAUGUACCCAGAAAAAAAAAGAUACGUUAAUUAACAUAAAGUACAUUUUGGCUUCAGUGUAAGUAAGAUACAUAAAUUGGCUUUGUGCCAUUGUAUAUUGAAGAGUUUGAAUUGUUUAAUUUGCAUGAUGCAAUGUUUCAGUAUAGGCCUAAGGAGUAAUUUGACUAGAUCUUUAUUUUUAAACAGCCGAAUUUUAAACUUCUGUGUUUUGGUCAUGAUUUUUAAACUGAGAUUCCAUUUUUGUUGCCACCAUUUUGCAACCCACAAUGAUUUGGUCACUUAGUUUUUCCCUUUAAUUCAUUCAUCUAUUUUCCUACAGAUAUAAAAUGUGGAGGGAAUCUACCGUAGGUACAAAAUUGCACCAAUAGCAAUGAAGCUCAGGUUUGAACAUGAUGCCUUUUACACUGUUUAAUGCUAGGAAGUCUUAACCACUGUUGUUGGUUGUUGUUAAAUAUUUAUAUUUCAGUGGCUCCAAUCCAAAUUAGUGGUUUCCAUUUUGUACGCUCUGCACAAGGACCUAGUGCCUACCUCAAUGAUCUUAUGAUUUGAGUAGACAAGCAACAUACAAAUAAUGGGGUCUGUAACUGUGGUUUUAAAUUCUUUACAAUGAGUGAAAUAUGCCUUUCAAAAUCAAGACAUUCAUUUUAGUUAAAUUAAGAUUUUAAUGAGAGAAAUAUGAGCAUCUUAAAGCCAUUUGUAAUAUACUUAUCAAAUGAAAACCCCUUACCAAAUGGCUAGAGUGGGGCAUAUUGUAGGGUGGUUGGUUUUUUUAAUGCUAGGAAGCAGAUUUACCAUGUGUCUUUGACCUGAUUCUGGUGUCACACUUAUCUGCUGCUGUAAUGCCAUUGAGUUCUAUGGAAUUGUAUCUGACUGAUCCUUGAUGAAGAAAUGAGAUAAAAACCAGUCUGUGGUUCUUAAA